UGGCCCUCAAUCACUUACAAAGAACCAGGAUCACAAAUUUGCAAAGUUCUAUAACAGUUCACCAAUUAUAAGUAUUCCAUCAAUCAAUUAUUUAUUACGUCAUUUUGGUUUUAUAUUUAAACCAAUCACAUUAUAUAUUCGUCGUCUCACUCAACCAUAAAUCAAUUUUCUAAAUCAUUACAAAUUUUGAACCAAAAAUACACAGUAUAUUUCCCAACCAUCACAUUAUUUUGUAUGGAUGGAUUUUACAAAUUGUUCGAUAUCAUAAAUAACAGAGUGACCCUGAAUGACGCAAUAAAAGUGUUUUCAACAGCGUAGAUGACUAUAAAUAUAUAGUGUUUGAAAAAAGUUUUUAUAAGUCCAAAUAUAUUUUAUGUUAUACUAUAUCUUAAGAAAUGGCCAAAAAUAGCUUUCAGUAUUCAAGUUUACCAGAAGAGGAAACCAUGCCUCACCAUUUUAAUGCUACGAAUACAACAUCAAGUAGCAUGCAUUUGCAAGAAUUGCCUGCAAAUUGUUAUGCCUUAGAAUUUCAGGAACCUUUUGAAGGUUUUGCAGAAUUUGAAGAUAAAGCUUCUGCUGCUGAUUCUUCUCAUAAUCACAGGCAAGCCGAGAAGCGGCGCCGCGAUCGGAUUAACGGGCAGCUUGCUAGGCUUAGGAGGCUCAUUCCCAAGUCAGAAAAGAUGGACAAGGCAGCACUCCUAGAAAGAGUAGUUGAGCAAGUUAAGGAUCUAAAGAGAAAAGCAUCAGAAAUCAGCAAAAUCUUUACAAUCCCAUCAGAAAUCGAUGACAUAACUAUUGAAUGUCAUCGGAAAGAAAAUCAUCCCAACAACAACAACAACAACAACAACAACAACAACAACAACAACAACAACAGCAACAGCAACAUAAUGUUUAUGAAGGCUACAUUAUGCUGCGAAGAUCGGCCUGACUUAAUUCCAGAGCUAAUACGGGAACUCAAAGACCUUAACUUGACAGUAAUUGGAGCUGAUAUUGGCUGUUUAGGAGGAAGGAUGAAAAGUAUUCUAUUACUUUACUACAAAUUAGAUAGUAAUAAUGAUGGUGUUGUUUGUAAUGUUAGUGCAAUUAAGCAGUCUCUAAUGGGUGUUUUAACUAGAAUUAUCUCAUGGUCUAGUGCUAGUACUUCCAGUUUUCGUGUUACUAGUAAGAGGCAACGCUUCUUUUUCUCUUCUUAACUAGCUAAAGGUUUCUUAAGUUUUACAUUAUAUAGUUUAAGCAUGAAAUUAAUUAUCA